GUACUCCUAUCAAAUCCUACAAUUCUCCAUCCUCAAAGUAAACAUGUCUGCAACUUUCUUUCUCUUUAUCUUAAUCAUAGGAACAUGUUCACUUCACUCCCUUGCACAAAAAUGUCCUGCUCCUCCAAGAUGCCCUCCAAUUUCCCCACCACCUCGUCCUCGUCCGUUCCCUCGUGUCCGCCCCCGACCACCUCUUUAUCCUCCGUCACUCAACCCCAUGCCACGUCAACCCAGCAACAAUCCAGGACCCCUGGCUAAUAGAGCUAGAAUUCUCUUCAUCACCCAGGAACUCAAAAGAAACAUUACAUUUGAUCCUAGAAACUACACUGGGACUUGGGUUGGCAACAAUUAUUGUCUCUUCAGAGGCUUCUUCUGUGACACUGUCCCUGAUAGAAACAUUACUGGACUAGCUGCUAUUGAAUUCAAUGGUGCUAGAUUUGGUGGUAACUUGAACUUCUAUCGUUUUAUCAUGAAUUUGCCUGAUAUAGCCAUUUUCCAUGCAAAUUCUAACAACUUUAGCGGCCCAAUAAACUCAAACCUCAACCAACUGCGAUACUUUUACGAGCUUGACUUGAGUAACAACAAGUUCAUCGGAGGGUUUCCUAGCAACGUUCUCAGAGCCCAGAAGUUAAUGUUUGUGGACAUUCGGUUCAACAACUACCUGGGUCCUGUCCCAGCUCAAGCAUUCAACAUUGACACUGACGUUCUUUUUGUCAAUAAUAAUCAGUUCAAUCGAACAAUCCCUACAAACUUCGGCAACACUCCAGCUCUCUAUAUUACCUUAGCCAACAACCAGCUCACAGGUCCAAUCCCAAGAAGCAUUGGCCGAGCCUGGAAUACACUCACUGAGGCGCUGUUUUUACGCAACAGGCUCACAGGUUGCCUACCUUUCGAAAUCGGGUACUUGCAGAAAGCCACAGUGUUAGACUUUGGAACCAACUUGUUAACAGGUCCGAUCCCACAAUCUUUUGGCUGCCUGGCGAAGUUGCAGUAUCUGAACAUGGCCCAUAAUCUGUUUUACGGGCCAAUACCAGAGGUCCUGUGCAGGCUGCCAAAUGCUUUCAAUUUUACGCUGACUUAUAACUAUUUCACUCAAGUUGGCCCCCAAUGCAGGAGGCUGAUAAGAGCCAGGAGGCUUAAUGUGAACAGGAACUGCAUCAUGGGGCUUCCUGGUCAAAGACCUGCGGCGGAGUGUGCUCGGUUUUUUGCAAAGCCUAGGAGUUGUGCUCGUGAGAGUAGUUUCUCUUUUAUUCCUUGUACUCUUCCUGCAUCUUCUAUGAAGAUUGCUUCCCCCCCAACAGAUGACGAAGCUCCUGCUCCACAGUCCUACAAAGCCCUGCAUGCACCUCCCCAUUAAUCAAUGGUAGGUGGAGAAUCAACUCCAUUGUUGCUCUCAUCGUGUCUUCAAAUAAGUGAUUGUCGUUGUGUAGGUACGCUGUAUGCACUAGUUUUAUGCUGCAUUUCUCCGGUGUUUUCCCGUGUAUAUAGCACGUGUGAGGGAGGUUUCAUUUUCACUUGUUAUUUUUUUAUGUUUUCUUUGUCAUUUCUAUCUUGAUCUUCUGUUAAGAGCAGGAAAUUUGUGGGAUUGAGUUGCAAAUAAAGGCCAAUUUUGGACAAUUAUCACAA